AGAGAGAGAGAAAAAAAAAAAAAAAGAUAGAAAGAGUGACCGGAGUCGAGAAAGAGAGGGAGGAAGCGAGCACUGUAGUUUAGCCAGAACUCUCUGCGAAGCUGCUGUCGACAAGAAGAGAAGAUUGACUCAACGGCGACGCUGACUGAGCCACCCGGUUGUUGUUAGCCACCCUCUAAAAGGCGUCCUGCACCCAAAAAGCAGCUACCAUGUCGGCCGCAGACAAGUUCCUGUACGUGGACCGCAAUGUGGUCAACAACCCACUGGCGCAGGCGGACUGGGCCACCAAGAAGCUGGUCUGGGUGCCCUCGGAGCGCCUGGGCUUCGAGGCCGGCUCUGUGAAGGAGGAGCGCGGCGACGAGUGCGUGGUCGAGCUGGCAGACUCGGGGAAGAAGAUCAAGGUGAACAAGGAUGACAUCCAGAAGAUGAACCCGCCCAAGUUCAGCAAGGUGGAGGACAUGGCCGAGCUCACCUGCCUGAACGAGGCCUCUGUGCUGCACAACCUGAAGGAGAGAUACUACUCUGGUCUCAUAUAUACAUACUCUGGGCUCUUCUGUGUCGUCAUAAACCCCUACAAGAACCUGCCCAUCUACUCAGAGGAGAUUGUUGAAAUGUACAAGGGCAAGAAGAGGCAUGAAAUGCCGCCUCAUAUCUACGCCAUCACCGACACAGCUUACAGAAGCAUGAUGCAGGAUCGCGAAGACCAGUCCAUUCUUUGCACAGGCGAGUCUGGUGCCGGUAAGACAGAGAACACCAAGAAGGUCAUCCAGUAUCUGGCUCACGUGGCCUCCUCUCACAAGACCAAGAAAGAUCAGAACAGCUCGAUCCUGUCACAUGGCGAGCUGGAGAAGCAGCUGCUGCAGGCUAACCCCAUCCUAGAAGCCUUUGGAAAUGCCAAGACAGUGAAAAACGACAACUCCUCUCGAUUUGGAAAAUUCAUCAGGAUCAACUUCGACGUCAAUGGUUACAUUGUUGGUGCCAAUAUUGAAACCUACUUGUUGGAGAAGUCCCGUGCCAUUCGCCAAGCCAAAGAUGAGAGGACCUUCCACAUCUUCUACUACUUGCUCACAGGGGCUGGAGAUAAAUUGCGCAAUGAACUCCUCCUUGAAAAUUACAACAAUUACCGUUUCCUUUCCAACGGGAACGUUACGAUUCCUGGGCAGCAGGACAAGGACCUGUUUACAGAGACGCUUGAGGCCUUUAGGAUCAUGAGUAUCCCAGAGGAAGAGCAGAUAGGCCUGUUGAAGGUGGUGGCCUCUGUACUGCAGCUCGGGAACAUGACCUUUAAGAAGGAGCGCCACACAGACCAGGCCUCCAUGCCUGACAACACUGCUGCCCAGAAGGUGAGCCACCUUAUGGGCAUGAAUGUCACAGACUUCACCAGGGCCAUCCUGUCACCCAGGAUCAAGGUGGGCAGAGACUACGUCCAGAAGGCCCAGACCCAGGAGCAAGCAGAGUUUGCUGUGGAGGCCCUUGCCAAGGCCACCUAUGAGAGGAUGUUCCGCUGGCUCGUCAUGAGGAUCAACAAAGCCCUGGACAAGACCAAGAGGCAGGGAGCCUCCUUCAUCGGCAUCUUAGAUAUCGCUGGAUUUGAGAUCUUUGAGCUGAACUCAUUCGAGCAGCUGUGUAUCAACUACACCAAUGAGAAGCUGCAGCAGCUCUUCAACCACACCAUGUUCAUCCUGGAGCAGGAGGAGUACCAGAGGGAGGGCAUCGAGUGGAGCUUCAUCGACUUCGGCCUGGACCUGCAGCCCUGCAUCGACCUUAUUGAGAAACCUGCCAACCCCCCUGGUAUCCUCGCUCUGCUGGAUGAGGAGUGCUGGUUUCCCAAAGCCACAGACAAGAGCUUUGUGGAGAAGGUGCUCCAGGAGCAGGGCACUCACCCCAAGUUCUUUAAGCCCAAGAAACUGAAGGAUGAAGCAGACUUCUCUGUCAUCCAUUAUGCUGGCAAGGUGGACUACAAGGCGGACGAGUGGCUGAUGAAGAACAUGGACCCCUUGAAUGACAACGUGGCUUCGCUGCUCAACCAGUCCACUGACAAGUUUGUCUCUGAGCUCUGGCGCGACGUGGACCGCAUCGUGGGUCUGGAUAAGGUGUCUGGCAUGUCCGAUAUGCCCGGUGCCUUUAAGACCCGCAAGGGCAUGUUCCGCACAGUGGGCCAGCUGUACAAAGAGCAGCUGUCCAAGCUCAUGGCCACGUUGAGGAACACAAACCCCAACUUUGUCCGUUGCAUCAUUCCUAACCACGAGAAAAAGGCUGGUAAACUGGAUCCCCACCUGGUUCUGGACCAGCUGAGGUGCAACGGUGUGCUGGAGGGGAUCCGUAUCUGCAGACAGGGCUUCCCCAACCGCAUUGUCUUCCAGGAGUUCAGGCAGAGGUAUGAAAUCCUCACUCCCAAUUCCAUCCCCAAGGGCUUCAUGGAUGGAAAGCAGGCCUGUGUGCUCAUGAUCAAAAGCCUGGAGCUGGAUCCCAACCUGUACAGGAUCGGCCAGAGUAAAGUUUUCUUCAGGGCAGGAGUCCUCGCUCACCUGGAGGAGGAGAGGGACAUGAAGAUCACGGACAUCAUCAUCAGUUUCCAGGCCUGGUGCAGAGGCUACGUGGCCCGCAAGGCUUUUACCAGGAGACAGCAGCAACUGACUGCAAUGAAGGUGAUCCAGAGGAACUGUGCUGCUUAUCUUAAACUCAGGAACUGGCAGUGGUGGAGGCUCUUCACCAAGGUGAAGCCUUUGCUGCAAGUCAGCCGGCAGGAGGAGGAGAUGCAGGCCAAGGACGAUGAGCUGUUGAAGGUGAAGGAGAAGCAUCUGUACGCCGAGCAGCAGCUCCAGGAGUUGGAACAAAAACAAAGUCAGCUGAAUGCUGAGAAGAUGGCCCUGCAGGAGCAGCUUCAGGCGGAAACAGAACUGUGUGCCGAGGCGGAGGAGAUGAGAGCCCGCCUGGCUGCCAGGAAGCAGGAGCUGGAGGAGAUCCUGCACGACCUGGAGGCCCGCGUGGAGGAGGAGGAGGAGCGCGCCUCUCAGCUCUUGUCUGAGAAAAAGAAGAUGCAGCAAAACAUUAGCGACCUGGAGCAGCAGCUGGAUGAGGAGGAAGCGGCCAGACAGAAGCUUCAGCUGGAGAAAGUCACCUGUGAGGCUAAGAUGAAGAAGAUAGAAGAGCAUGUCAUGGUCCUCGAUGACCAGAACAACAAACUACUGAAGGAGAAGAAGUUGAUGGAGGAGAGGAUCUCUGAGUUCACCACCAACCUGGCAGAGGAGGAGGAGAAAUCCAAGAGCCUGCAGAAACUCAAGAACAAACAUGAGGCCAUGAUCACAGACCUGGAGGACCGCCUGCGCAGGGAGGAGAAGCAGCGCCAGGAGCUGGAAAAGAACCGACGCAAGCUGGAUGGCGACUUCAAUGAGAUCCACGACCAGAUCGCUGAGCUGCAGGCCCAGAUCGCUGAGCUCCGCGCCCAACUGGCCAAGAAGGAGGAAGAGCUUCAGGCAGCUCUGGCCAGGAUUGAGGAGGAGGCGGCGCAGAAGAACCUGGCCCAGAAAAAGAUCCGCGAGAUGGAGGCUCAGCUCUCUGAACUGCAGGAGGAUUUGGAGUUGGAGAGGCAGGCCCGCACCAAGGCGGAGAAACACCGCAGGGACCUGGGAGAAGAGCUGGAGGCCCUGAAGACAGAGCUGGAGGACACGCUGGACUCCACCGCUGCUCAGCAGGAACUCAGGGCCAAGAGGGAGACAGAGGUGACUCAUCUUAAAAAGACUCUGGAAGACGAGGCCAAAGUCCACGAACAACAGCUGGUUGACAUGAGACAGAAACACAGCCAGGCCUUCGACGAGCUCAACGAGCAGCUGGAGCAGGCUAAGAGGAACAAAGUGUCCAUGGAGAAGGCCAAGCAGGCCCUGGAGUCGGAGAGGAACGAGCUAGCCAUCGAGAUGCAAACCCUGAUGCAGGGCAAGGGAGAGUCGGAGCAUCGCAGGAAAAAGGCUGAAGGCCAGGUCCAGGAACUGGUGGUCAAACAUUCAGAGAGUGAGCGCCAGAGGCUGGAACAGGCCGAGAAAAUUGCAAAAAUGCAGGCUGAACUGGAUAAUGUCAACGCUCUGCUGAGUGAGGUGGAGGGCAAGUCCAUCAAGGCCACAAAAGACUGCUCUGCUGUGGAGUCUUCGCUGCGGGAUGUUCAGGAGCUGCUCCAGGAGGAGACACGGCAGAAACUGGCCAACAGCACACGUCUGCGCCAGCUGGAGGACGAACAGAACAACCUGAGGGAACAGCUGGAGGAAGAGGAAGAGGCAAAGAGAAAUGUGGAGAAGCAGCUGCAAACUGUUCAGGCUCAGCUUCUUGAAAUGAAGAAGAAGGUGGAGCAGGACUCUGGCUGUCUGGAGGCUGCUGAGGAGGGGAAGAAGAGGCUUCAGCGGGACCUGGAGGCGAUGAGCCUGCGUCUGGAGGAGAAGUGUUCUGCCUUUGAGAAGUUGGACAAAACCAAGACUCGUGUCCAGCAAGAGUUGGACGACCUGCUGGUAGACCAGGACCACCUCCGACAGAUAGUCUCCAACCUGGAGAAGAAGCAGAAGAAGUUUGACCAGAUGCUGGCAGAGGAGAAAACCAUUUCUGCCCGCUAUGCAGAGGAGCGUGACCGGGCUGAAGCCGAGGCCCGUGAGAAGGACACCCGGGCGCUGGCGUUAACCCGUGAGCUGGACUCUCUGAUGGACACCAAGGAGGAAUUGGACCGCAACAACAAACUGCUGCGGGCUGAAAUGGAGGACCUGGUAUCCUCUAAGGACGACGUUGGCAAGAGUGUCCACGAGCUGGAGAAGUCCAAGCGUGCGAUGGAGCAGCAGCUGGAGGAGAUGAAGACUCAGCUGGAGGAGCUGGAGGACGAGCUGCAGGCCACCGAGGACGCCAAGCUGCGUCUGGAGGUCAACAUGCAGGCCAUGAAGGCCCAGUACGAGAGAGACCUGGCGGGCCGCGACGAGAUGGGCGAGGAGAAGAAGAGGUCACUGGUCAAACAGGUGCGCGAGAUGGAGAUGGAGCUGGAGGAUGAGAGGAAGCAGCGCUCUGCAGCGGUCGCUGGGCGCAAGAAGCUGGAGCUGGACCUGAAGGAGCUGGAGGCCGGCAUCGACAUGGCCAACAAGAACCGCGACGAGGCCCUCAAACAGCUGAAGAAGCUCCAGGCCCAGAUGAAGGAUCUUAUGCGGGAGCUGGAGGAUACACGCAUGUCCCGAGAGGAGAUCCUGGCUCAGAGCAAGGAGACGGAGAAGAAGCUGAAGGGAAUGGAGGCCGACAUGCUCCAGAUGCAAGAGGAGUUGGCGGCAGCAGAGCGCGUGAAGAGACAGGCCCAGCAGGAGAGAGACGAACUGCAGGAUGAGAUUAACAGUCAGGCCAGCAAGAACGCUCUGGUUGCGGAGGAGAAGAGACGUCUGGAGGCUCGCAUCGCUCAGCUGGAGGAGGAGCUGGAGGAGGAGCAGUGCAACACGGAGCUGACCAACGACCGGCUGAAGAAAGCAAUGCUGCAGAGCGACCAGAUGAACGUGGAGCUGACAGCGGAGCGCAGUACCUGUCAGCGCGUGGAAGGCGCUCGCUGCCAGCUGGAGCGUCAGAACAAGGAGCUGAAACUGAAGCUGCAGGAGCUCGAGGGAACCGUCAAGUCCAAGUACAAGGCCAACAUGGCCGCCCUGGAGGCCAAGAUCGCUCAGCUGGAGGAACAGCUGGACAUGGAGACCAGGGAGAGGCAGGGCGCCACCAAGCUGGUGAGACGCACCGAGAAGAAACUGAAGGAAGUCAUCCUGCAGGUGGACGACGAGAGACGCAACACGGAGCAGUACAAGGACCAGGUGGACAAGGCGAACUCUCGUAUGAAGCAGCUGAAGCGCCAGCUGGAGGAGGCUGAGGAAGAGGCUCAGAGAGCCAACGCCAACCGAAGGAAACUGCAGCGGGAGCUGGAGGACGCCACGGAGUCGGCAGACGCCAUGAACCGUGAAGUCUCCACCCUCAAGAGCAAGCUCAGGCGUAACGACCUGCCCUUCACCGUGCGCCGCACUGUUCCCCGCACCGGCAUCGAAAGCGACGAGGAGAGCGAGCCCAAGAGCGAGGCCCCCGAGGCCAAGCCGGAGUGAACGCCGCCAGCGUGCCGCUCGACUCCGUAGAACUGCAUCAUAACCGGGCCGAUCCAAAUUCACACACGAGCACACACCACUGCACCUACUGAACGGAGACGCAACGCCAAAAUAAGAGGGUGGUCUGAAAGAAAGGGAUUCAAACCUGAUUACUCCCAGUUUAGUCCUGAGACAGUCUGAUGUCUUUAACAUUGACAAUCUAUGCAGUCUUAAAACACACACACACACACACACACACACACAGAAGCCAGUAAACUCGGGACAAUCACCAUGCUGACAAACACACACACACGUUAUUUUUGGGCCAAAUUUUUUUCGUUUGCUUCAUUUUUUUCGUUCUCUGGGAAAAAAAAAUAAAAUGAUAUUUUUGUAAGGAAACGUUCAAAUUAUGAUAGUCCUGAUUUUAGGAUCUAUUUUUCUAAUUGAAGAAGGAGGAAACAAAGAAAAGAAGUAUACAUAAAUGAAGAACGAUUACUGGAAGGGGACCAAAGUAAUAUCUCAAUCUAUGGAGUUGUAUUUUAUGCAGAAGUUUUUAUAAUGUUCAGAAUUGAAGGGCUUCGUGUUUGUUAUGCUUUCGCUUCAGAUUAUAAUGAAGCUUUAUAAGCGGAAAUGUACUCGAUAAUCGAUUUAGCUGCAGUUAGUACUCGUGACUACGCUUUAGGGCUUCAAAAUGUAACGGUGAAACAAAAUUGGAGGCAGAUUUCGAAGCGACACAAUCGGAGACUUCUCACUGGCGCAUACUGAAAGCAUUUGAUUGUGACUGUGCUGAAAUUUCUUAAUUUUUGCACUGAGAUGGAAAUAAAAAAAAAAAACACUUCAGCUUAGACAUUAUAAACCACUGCAUUUGUGUGUUUCAUUGAAA